ACACUAAUAGUUUAAUGUUAUGUAGCGAGAGUGUGCUGCUGCAGCAGACAUCUGCAUGCAGCAGAGGAUACGCAUUUGCUUCCUUUGAUGAUAGGGAAGCAGCAUUUGCUGCCUUUAAGGCAUUAGCAGAGAAAACAUUUGCAGGAAAAAAAUUAAGAAUACAAUUAAAGAAUGGGGACCUUAAGUUGCUGCAGCAGCUAGCUGGUAAGACGCCUCAGCAGCAGCAGCAGCAGCAGCAGCAGCAGCAGCAACAGCAACAGCAACAGCAACAGCAGCAACAGCAGCAACAGCAGCAACAGCAACAACAGCAACAACAGCAACAGCAGCAGCAACAACAACAACAACCUCCACCUCCUCCUCCUCCUCCUGGUAGUGGUGGUAGUGGGGGUGGUGCAGCAGCAGCAGCAAAUGAAGCUGCUGCUGCUGCACAAAAUAAUGCUGCAGAUAACUGCAACAACAAUGUUGCUGCAGCAAAUGCAUGUGGCAUGUAUGGACUUAAUGCUGCUGCUGCAGCAACUGCUGCUGCUGCUGCUGCUAGUAGACAAGAUGCAGCACUGCAUGAACAACCGUGGCUCCAAGGACCUGUCUCUGCUGCUGCUGCUGCUGCAGUUGCAACAAUUGCUGCUGCAGCAAGAGAUCCUCCAUUGGCUCUUAUGAUGCUGCAGCAACAGCAGCAACUGCAACAACAACACCUGCAGCAACAGCAUCUACAGCAGCAACUGCAGCAACAGCAGCUACAGCAGCAACAACUCCAGCAACAGCAGCUACAGCAGCAGCAGCUCCAACUGCAGCAGCAACAACUACAGCUGCAGCUGCCGCCGCACAACAAUGCAUCAGAUGUAGCAGCAGCAGCAGCUGCUGCUGCUGCUGCAGUACAAUACUAUGCGCAUCCAAGCGGCUCAUGGGGUGCAGCAUUUGCUGCAUCAGAGGAGCUCCAACUGCAGCAGCAGCAGCAGGAGCAGCAGCUGCUGCAGCUGCAGCAAAGAUUUGAUUCCUUGCUCCCCUCUAGUGCUAGUCUAAGCAGCACCAUUCCCUUAACAACAUCAGACAUUCUUUCUUCUGUUUCUUCUGCUGCUUCUGCUCCUGUGUCUGCUGAAUCUGUGCUGCAGCAGCAACUGCAGCAGCAACUGCAGCAGCAACUGCAGCAACAGGAACAGCAGCAGACACCAGAUGAUCUACUUAUACAUGCAAGAAGACAUUCAGAUCUGCUGCUGCAGGCAUCGCUGCAGCAAGACUUGCUGCGCGAGCGGCAGCAGCUUGUGCUGCGCCACAAGCAGCAAGACAGUCUGCUGCAGCAGCAGGAGCAGCAGCAACAACAACAGCUGCUACAACUCCAUGAAGCUGAGCUACUGAGGGAGAGUCCCCUCGAGGUGCAGCUGCAGCACCUGCUGCAGGGACAGCAGCAGCAACAACAGCAGCAGCAGCAUGAUCUUCUCGAGAUCCAGCUGCGGAGACAGCUGGAGCAGCAGCAGCAGCAACAGCAGCAGCAGCAACAUGAUCUGUGUCGCAACACACUAAGCAGACAGGAUGGUGUCGGCCGCGCCACGACACCGCAGACAGCAGCGGCAGCAGCAACAGCAGCAGCAGCAAAUGCUGCAGCAGCAACAGCAGCAGCAACAGAAGGACGAUCCUUUAUACACGAUUUAGAUUUCUUCUCUGAAGAUCAACCGCAGCUAAAGCAGCAGCUGCUGGUGCAGCAGCACCAGCAGCAGCAACUAGAUUCCCUGCAACAAGAGCUGCUGCAGCAGCAGCAACAACAGCAUCAUCAUCAUCAACAGCAGCAGCAGCAGCAGAAUGCAUGCUCUACCAGCUUGCUUCCUCAUCCAGGAGAUCGUGUUGCAUUUGCUGCUGCUGCUGCAACAGGAAUGGGGUUGCCGUGCAGGAACAGCAGCAGCAGCAACAGCAGCAGCAGCAGCACGCACCCAGAUGCUGUUGCUGCUGAGGACUUCUUAAUACUGCAGCCUGCAGACACUGCUGCUGCACACAAAUGGGGCCAUAGAGGUGCAGCAGCAGGAGCAGCAGCAGAAGGUGUUGCUGCUGGUGAGGCAGCAGCGCCUCGGUCCUUGCCUGCUGUCUUCUCUCCACCACAUAUGGGCAGCAGCGGAGCAUCAGACACAGCAGCAGCAGCAGCAGCAGGUGUAUCCGUGUCUCCUCUUGCUGUCGCUUCUGCGCUACCACCUGAUGAAUCCUUAAAGUUGCCUCCCUCUUCUGCUGCUGCAUUAGAUGAGUUGCGCCGCAGGCCGCAGAGGCAGCAGCAGCAGCAAAGGCAGCAGCAGCAGCAGCAAGAGCAGCAGCAGGAACAGCAGCAGCAGCAAUUCGGCUUCGACAGUGUCGUAAAUGCCCCCAGCUUCAUCCGUCCUGAAGCAACAGCAGCAGCAGCAGCUGCUGCUGCUGCUCCAAGUACUGUGAGGCGCGUGAGGAGGAACUAUAUCGAGCAGCAGCAGGUGCUGCUGCAGCAGCAACAGCAGCAGCAGCAGCAGCAACUUGAUGUUGAGGUAGGCAGCGACUUUGGUCUAUCUGCUCUUUCUCUUGUAGACAGCGCGGGGUCUUGCGUUGAUGGAGGAGGCCUGUCGCUGCCUGCUGCUGCUGCUGCUGCACCAACUGGAGCAGCAGCAGCAGCCCUCCAAACAGCUCGUGGUCUUGCUGCUGCUCUACCCACACCAUCUACCUCUUGCUCGGGUGGAUCUUCAUCAAGCUUCCAAGGGCAGAUCGCCAGCAAGCAGCAGCUGCUGCAGCAGCAGCUGCAGCAGAUGCAGCAGCAGCAGCAAGGUAACCAUUGGUUACUUGAGCAGCUGCUGAAUAUGCAGAAGGAAAUUGAUUUCCUUCGUGCUGAGCUAAGGCUGAAAGAAGCAGCACAAAACAGCAGCAGCAACAGCAGCAGCUGCUGCAGCAACUGCAACAGCAGCAACUGCAACAGCAGCAACUGCAACGGCAGUACAGCCAACAGCAGCAGCAACAAUGGCAACAGCAUUAAACCCAGCGAAAAUAACAGCAGCAGCAACAGCAACAGCAACAGCAGCAGCGGCAGCAACAGCAAGAGCAGCAACAGUGGCAAGGUGGAGCCAGGUUGCCGCAACCUUAACGGCCCUGCUGCUGCAGUAGUGGAGGCAGCAGCAGCAGCUGCUGCAGCAGCAGCAGCUGCAGCAUCUGCAGCAAGUACUCCAAGCGAGAAGAAUGCAGGCAAAUCAGCAAGAUCAUUAACACUAAAGCGAGGCAAUCGUGUUGCUCACAGCAGCAACAGCAGCAACAGCAGCAACAGCAGCAGCGGCAGCAGCAGCAGCAGCAGCAGCUUACCUGUCCAACAGAAUGGAAACAAUUCUCUUUCUGGGCAACCCACGGACGUGUCCAUCGAACCCCCACGGCCUUCAACUGCAACACGGCCGUCACUUCGUGGUUGGCUAUAA